AUGAGUUUCACACGAUCCAUAUCGCGAUGGGCUUCUGUCCUACUCCUGCUGUGCUUGGGUCUGGCGCACGCUCAUACCGUCAUCACUUACCCUGGUUAUCGAGGAAACAACCUCCACACCAACGGCACCGUCGAGCAAGCAAAUGGUCUUGGUGUUGCUUAUGAUGUGAAGAAUGGCUCAUAUAUCUACCCAUACGGCAUGGAGUGGAUUUAUCCCUGUGGUGGUAUGCCCAGGUCGACCAACCGAACCAAGUGGCCCGUCAGCGGUGGUGCUGUCGCUUUCCAGCCGGGCUGGUUCCCAGGCCACGCCACUGCCCUGAUCUAUAUCAAUCUCGGCUUUGGCGAAACCCCACCAAACAUGAGCCACCCGGUCGUCCCGCCCUUCCAAAUCGUCGGCCCGACCAACAACCCUUACCCUGGUACCGUGUGUCUGCCCCAGGUUCCUCUGCCGACCAAUAUCUCCGUCAGCCCGGGUGACUAUGCCACCAUUCAGCUGGUCGAGACCGCCAAACACGGUGCUUCGCUAUUCAAUUGCGUGGACAUUGAGUUCGCAGAAGAUGGCGAUGCGUCCGUGGAGACGGUCACUCGCGACAAUUGCUUCAAUUCGUCUGACAUCUCUUUCCAGUACAUGUACACCACCAGUUCAAUUGGUUCGGGUGCGGCGAUGCUACAGCCCCCGAAACUGUCGGCUGCGGCUGUCGUGCCGUUGCUGCUGGCUGUCGCCUUCGGCGUGUACAUAUUUCAACCUCGGCAUGCACUUGUUGUUUUGCUGUUGUGCUAUUUUCAUAUAGCUUCCAACAUCAUUGAACCGUCAGAUGGUGCUAUCUCAAUUCUAAAGUCUGUAAUAAUUGAGUUUUGCAACGCAUUCACCUCGACGAAAAUCAAUCUUGUUAAUUCACCUCAUCCAAGUCUAUCUUUCUCUUUGAUUUCAACGUCUCGGGGUAUUGAUCACAAACCCCACGGACCCGUUUUAGUAUAG